AGUAAAGUUUCUCUGGACCCUCCAUGCAAACUGUCAGCUGAAGACUAACUGGGAAACCCUUUGGACAUUGGAGAAUUGGGGAAGCAUUUUAGAAAACAAUACUAAGGUGAAAAAUAUAUAGUGGUCAGCAUCUGAGCCAACGACUCGACACAUCCGCCUUGAAAUCUGAGACAACACAAGGGAUUUACAACAGAAACGCAGGAGUGCAAGUCAAGCUAGGGCAUCAGUGACGACAGUUGGGACCUGAAAACAUUGUGCCAUACUUGUGACAACAAAAGACAGCCUGCAACCUGCCGCCUUCAAGCAUCUUGAUCACUUUGCUCCCACGGCGGCGCUGACCUGGUGCAGCCAUGCAUCUAGAAGUGAAGGUCGCCCUCAACUUCAUCGUGUCCUACCUGUACAACAAGCUGCCUCGGCGUCGGGCGGACCUGUUCGGCGAAGAGCUGGAGAGAAUACUGAUGUCUCGUUUUGAGGGUCACUGGUAUCCUGAAGCCCCUCUCAGGGGUUCUGCCUUCCGCUGCAUUCACCUGGGGGCACCGAGGGACCCCGUGGUGGAGUUGGCCGCCAAGAGAAGUGGACUGGACACGGAGGAAGUGCGUGCAAAUGUUCCUGCAGAGCUCAGUGUGUGGAUUGACCCUUACGAGGUAUCCUACCAGAUUGGAGAGAAGGGGGCAGUGAAGGUUCUCUACCUGGAGGACCCUCCAGGCCUUGGAUGCGACGGCGAGAGGGCUGAAGGGGUGAUCAGAGAGAUUAAAGGAGAUGCAGAGGCGGAGGAGGCCAAGAGUUUGGGGUUUAACCCAGACGCUCAGGUGUUUGUGCCGAUUGGAAGCCAGGCGUCUCCUGCCCUCAUGCCGUCGCUCUCUAGCUCUCCCAUACCUCUGUCUGCACCAUCCUGCCCCGGCCUUUUCAGCUACCCCAGCUCCAGCACGCCCACCGACCCCGCUGCCCACUCCUCAAACACCUCCACCCCUUCUCCUCCCAGCGGCGGGCUGCCCUACCUCUCCGCUCAGCAGCCGCCCUCCGCCAUCCCCACUGCCCGUCCUCAACCCAUCACCUUCACCACAGCCAGCUUCGCCGCCACUAAAUUUGGUUCGACCAAGAUGAAGAAGUGCAGUGGGGCCGCGUCGGCAGCUAGCUCUGGAGCCGUCAUACCGCCUGGUCAGAGGAUGGUCACCCGCUCUCCUACCACCAUCUUGGCGCCAGAGCUGCUCAAGCACAAGCCCCUGUCUCUCUCCUUACACUCCCUCGGAGCUCCCAUCGCCAGCCAGCUCUCCCCCAACGCCAAAGAGUUUGUCUACCCAGGAUCGCCAGGCCCCCUUUACUUUGAUGCUGACACCCAGCCCAUGCAGCCUCACGCCAGCCCGUUCCAACCGCCCCACACUGUCAACACCCAUCCGUCCUUUGACCCCUUCUCCAGCCCUCCCCCCGCCCAGAGUGUGGGCAUCAUUGGCAGCAACGGAGGAAUCCCCUACAUGGAGAAGCCGCCGUUCGUCGAGGGUUUAGGAAGCUACAACCUGCAAUAUCCCAGCCAGUCCUUCCAGCCUGUCGUGCUGGCCAACUAAGCCUUCAUUUGUAACUAUAAGAAUUGUUGUUGGAGGAGGAGGUGGGUUUGGAAAAUGAUGCUCCAGAUAUUUUCAUUUUGUUUCUAACAAAUUGUUCUAAUACUAAUACAAGUUAAGAAUUACUUUUACUACAAGGAUUUCAAAAUACAACGUCCACUGAAUAAUUCAUGUGAUUUUGUUUUGUUCCUUCAUUACCUCCGACCCCACCCUGCCCUUUCGUCCGUUACUGUUACUCAUCACGUUCUGUGUGUUGGCUUUGAUGACGGGAGUGGGUGGGUGGGGAGGGGAGUUCCUUUUCUACGUUGAGUCAUUGCCAAUCUUUUACGUUUAUUAUUUUUCACUGAUUGCUAAUGUGAGGGACUUGUUUUUUUUCUCUUGACUUGUAGUUUAAUGGACCCGGCUCUAGUAUAGCUCCAUUUUGCACUGCACUGUCAUGCUGUGAAAAAAGGACCUCGCCAAGUCCUGCAGGGAACGACGGCUGUGGAAAGCUCAGCACUUUGCUCUGCAAUCUGCUCUGCCCUACUUGCCACAAAUACAGAGAGGGGGGCUCGGCUGUCUGUGCGUGUGUGUGCGUGUAGUGCUGCUCUGUUUUGUUGUGGCUCAGUGUGAUGGAGAGAUUCAUUAUUUGUACGAUGGUGGGCCCGUUACCCUUGGAACGUACUCGUGCGCAGGCACCAUUCGACUCUGUUGUUGUCACCGGGCGCAUAUUGGAAGCAGUUUAUCGUCAGCUGGAAUGUGUACAUGACAUGGGUUUAAAUGAAGUAAGAGCAGCGGCGGGAGCAGAAAGGCAGCUUCGGGGUGUUAAGGGAGUGAUGUAGGAGAAUGUAUUGCAUCUGUCAGAGGGAAACUGCAGCUGGGAAGGUCAGGGAAACCUUGGUGAAUGUGGAAAAACAAGUAAAUAUUUGCAUUUUAAGACCAUAACAGUGCGAUGAUACCUCAAUUAUAUACACAGGAAUGUAAUUUAUGGUUUCAUACAUGCACACACACGUGCAGAAAUAUGUACACGCACGCCAUUGCAGUCGGCAGCGUGUGAAGGUGAAGAGGAGCAUGGGAUGCAGCAGUUAAGCAGUAGGGAUUGUGAUAAAUGGCUUAGCAUGACUUUGACUAUGAAGGAGAGGUUUUCCUCUGCAUGGAGAAGGGAAGACCAAAGGAAACGAGAGGGAGAGAGCAGCAGCUAGAGGGUUCUUUCGCCUCGGUGGCAUCCAGGCUGUAUUGGCUUAGAGAGCGACACUUUAAAACCCAGAACACGUUUGUGGUGAGCUUAAAUGGUAUUGAAGCCAAAGGCUCACACUAUUCUCUCCCUCCUCUUGAAAUUCUUCAGUGAGCUCUUUUCUCUGGCUGUUAUCAAAGAAAAAAUAGAAUCCUACAGAUGAAUGUUCUUCAUGAGUCUGCGGCUUUUGGUCGCUUUAUUGGAUAGCUUGUCAGAUCUGUGGUAGUCCGCCGCCUGUUUCCAACAAUGGUUUGUUUACCAGCCGGGUCCAUGCGAUUGUUGGUUAGUCACUACAGGAAAGGGUAACUCUCAGAUGAGCCGUCCAGCACUUUAUUACUGGGCUCCUGAGACUGUGUGUUGUCCACAGACACGAGCACUACACCUUCUUUGCCCUCUGUUUGGUAAUGGCACAUUUUUAUUCAGCUAUCAUGAAAUGCUUGAGAGAUUCAAACGGGAGCUUAAUUUGUAUUCAAAUGCAUCAUGCUAGUGAGGAGAUGCUGUUUGUCGAGUCCGUUUAUUUGAAUGUUUUCAAGAACCCAUAGAUGUUUUUGUAUAAGAUGACCCAAGGACCCUUGACUUGGGCUCACGGCUGGUUUUGCAAUGUGACAGCUUGUCAUAUGCAUGCAAGUUUUUAUUUAUUUCUUUUUUUGGUCACUUUUCAAGGGAAUGGGUGGGGAGAUGCACAUCUCUGUAAAUGUUGUUAUUGUGAGGGAAAGAUGCAUUUAUAUAUCUUUUUUUGUUUUGUAAUUUAUUUCCAAUAUUUCUAUAUUUUUGUUUUUUUGCAAAAAUGAUCACUGACAUUUGUAUGAGUAAGACAUGGCAAGUCCAGGAAUAUGUAUAUACAAAGUUCUUAUGUUCAGAUUCUUUGUUUAGUUUCUUACAUGCCGAGGUUAUUUUUUCAGAAAAUAACAUGAAUUUAUGCAAACCGAGACAAAAAUAAAGAUGUACAGAAUAAAGUAUUGAAUGUGUAUUGUACCUUGUACGGCAUUUGUCUAAUAAGACGGGUAAAUGUAUUCAUUCUUCAAGUUGGAUUUGAAGUUUAAGAUGUGAAUGUUUACAGUGGGUUUGUGUAGGAAAAGAUGGCUAUCACUUUUUUUUCUGUGCUCCCAUGGCAGUCUGAUAACACUACUCCCCAUAGGCAGUGCAGUUGAACCAAAAAUUCCACAUUUCAGAUUCCUUUGAAAGAAAUGGCCUCUACAUUCACUACAUAUUAAUCCUUUUUCCCCCUGGAAAAAUGUCCCACUAAUUUGUUUCCCCUCUUUAUUGAAACACAUCAACACUACUUGCUAACACUCAUGUAUGCUUCUACAGUACCCAGAUAAAACAGAUUUAUUAAAAAUAAAAAUGUCCCCCAUAGUAUAUAUCCUAUAAAGUUUUACCUCGUUUUUUUUCCCAGUGGGUUCUCUUCAUCAUCCUGGUCCUUUGGUCCUGAUACUAUAGCCAUAUCCCAGACUGUCUUUGCUUACACAGACGCGUGCCCUUCUCCAGUGCAAUGUAAUGCCAUAAUUUAAAUUACCCUGAAGGAUUUAAGGGGUUUCUACCUCUCUGCAACCAGGAAAAAAAGAAAUUCAAUAUAUCGUCUCAAUAGGAAGACAGUGUUACGGCAGGUUUCAGAAAGGAUGAAGGAAAUGAAUGUGCUGUGAAUGUGAUAUGUCAACCCUGGUUGAGAUGGCCUGCGGGGAAAAGAGGAAACUGUUUUUCUUUGUGUGUUUAAAAGUCAUGGAGAAAGUUUUAGUCGCCUGAAUGUCCAAAAAUGUCCAUGUGACACUUUCUUUUCAUAUUUGUGAGAUUAUUGAGAGCAAACGAGGUGUGUUGUUAAAUUUCCUCUGCAUACAAAUCUGGCUCUUGAGGUGAGAUCUGAAGAUGUGAGCGAUUACUGUAAAAGUGAACGCUGGUUUGUGUUUUAAACACACUGCAAAUCCACUCCGAACGCAAGCUAUUCUACAAUCAGGGUUGAACAUUAAUGAAGAGGAAAAACAAGAAUUUUGUAUUCUGAUGUCCUUUUGCUUAUAUCGAUGUGUGCGUUUUAUUUUGCACUUUGGAAUAUUUCAUUGUCAUAAAAAAAAGUUUAUUUUCUAUGUAAAAUUUAACAUUUAAGAGAAAAAAUAGAUAUAAUUAAAAGUUCAGAUGUAUAAAUAUAGUGCUUUCUUUCCUGCCUGUAUUUUAUUUUUUCCUAUUUUGUAUCUGAUCUGUACACCCUGUAGAUGUGUAAUGAAUCUUUCACUACUGAAAUGCAAUGACCUGUUUUCUGUGCUGCUGCCCCCCUCCCCCCCAAGAAUGGGGAGUUACUACUGCAGUUUCUUAUUGUAUCAGAUUCUUUUUUUAAGUUUGUAAUAAAAAUAUAAACAGAUUGGCAAAAA